AUGUCCCUCUCCGCCGUGACCCGAGUGGUACUCGCAACGCUGCUUGUGUCAUGUUGCGCCAUGCGCAACGAGCAGGAGGAGAAAGAUUCAAGAAGCGUCGCUGCCAGUGAGCCCCCUACCGACAUUCUGACUCAUGAGGAGCACCUCCCCGGGGGGACUCUGACUAUGCAGUACUCCAACACCUUCCGCUAUCAAGACACACAACAAAAAAGGUCGGUGUUGGUUGCCAUUUAUGCCUGUGCGGCAGGUGUCGCGAGGGCCGAGCUCGCCGAGUGCAUCGCGAACAAGAAUCAGGAACACCUCGGUGCUAGUUUCCACGUCCUCAUCCAUGAGGGCUAUGCAGGUCCGGUCGUUGGUCACUCGAAAGGCUUUGCCCUUGGCUUUGCAAUGGCCAACUACAAGAAUGCCUCCUUCCUCCUAUGGGAAGAUUCGGCCUGA